CCAUCGGCAUAUGCAGCCUUUUUAUGAAAACAUCAAAAAUCAUUUAGAUUUUCUCAAUGUAACAAUAUGAUCAGUAGGAUUUGAGACGGAUACAUUUUCAAACAGUUCAUUUAAGAUGCAAAGAUCACAGUCAUAUGAAUCCAGCUGUGUGUCCAUGAAGAGUGACCGGUCAAUGGAUCCUCCACGUAACUUCAGCGGACACACUAAUCCUGGGUUUAUACCAGAUCCUCAAGACCCCAGCUGUGUGUCCAUGAAGAGUGACCGGUCAAUGGAUCCUCCACGUAACUUCAGCGGACACACUGAUCCUGGCUUUAGACCAGAUCCUCCAGACCCCAGCUGUGUGUCCAUGAAGAGUGACUGGUCAAUGGAUCCUCCACGUAACUUCAGAAGACACACUGAUCCUGGCUUUAGACCAGAUCCUCCAGGAUACAGCUGUGUGUCCAUGAAGAGUGACCGGUCAAGGUCAAUGGAUCUUCCACGUAACUUCAGCGGACACACAAAUCCUGGCUUUAGACGGGACCCUCCAGGAUACAGCUGUGUGUCCAUGAAGAGUGACUGGUCAAUGGAUCCUCCACUUAAGUUUAGUGGACACACUGAUCCUGGCUUUAGCAGUGACCAUCAACAUGCCGAAGCCCUCAAGACCUUUAGAUCAAAUUUGAGGAAGAAGUUUCAGUGUCUUUAUGAGGGAACAGCAAAGCAGGGAAACCCAACACUCCUGAAUCAGAUCUACACUGAUCUCUACAUCACAGAGAGUGAUAGUGGAGAGAUCAAUAAUGAGCAUGAGGUGAGACAGAUUGAGACUCAAUCCAGUCGAGCAGCAACAGAGGACACACCGAUCAAAUGUACAGACAUCUUUAGACCUUUACCUGGACAAGACAAACUCAUCAGAACUGUGCUGACUAAAGGAGUCGCUGGCAUUGGAAAAACAGUCUCUGUGCAGAAGUUCGUCCUGGAUUGGGCCGAAGGGACGGAGAAUCAGGAGAUCCAGCUCAUGUUUCCUCUUCCUUUCAGAGAGCUCAACCUAUUGAAGGACAAAACACUCAGUCUUUCAGAGCUUCUUCAUGUCUUUUUCCCUGAAACAAGAGAAAUGAAACCAUUCAGUGAUGAAUAUAAAGUGGUCUUUGUUUUUGAUGGUCUGGAUGAGUGUCGUCUGUCUCUGGAUUUUAAAGUGAAACUGUGUAAUAUAUCUGAAUCCGCCUCAGUGGACGUGCUCCUGACGAACCUCAUUGCGGGGAAUCUGCUUCCCUCGUCUCUCAUCUGGAUCACCUCCAGACCAGCAGCAGCCGAUCUCGUCCCCUCGGAGUGUGUGCAUCGAGUGACUGAGGUACGAGGAUUCAAUGACCCACAGAAGGAGGAAUACUUCAGGAAGAGAAUCAGUGAUGAGAGUCUGGCCGAUAAAAUCAUCAGACACAUGAGGUCAUCAAGGAGCCUCUUCAUCAUGUGCCACAUCCCAGUGUUCUGCUGGAUCUCGACCACUGUCCUAGAAAAGAUGUUGAGUGACGCAGAGACUGGAGAGAUUCCCAAGACUCUCACUGAAAUGUACACACACUUCCUGAUCAUUCAGACCAAUAUCAAACAUGAGAAGGACUAUGAGAAGAAAGUGAAGGACGAAGACAUGAUCCUCAAACUGGGGAAACUGGCCUUUCAGCAGCUUGUGAAAGGCAAUCUGAUCUUCUAUGAGGAAGACCUGAGCGAGUGUGGCAUUGAUGAGACCGAAGCAUCAGUUUACUCAGGAUUGUGCACUCAGAUCUUCAGAGAGGAGUUGGGCUUUUAUCAGGGGAAAGUCUUCUGCUUUGUUCAUCUGAGCAUUCAGGAGCAUCUAGCAGCUCUUUAUGUGCUGCUUUCAUUCCUGCUGUACGAGAGGGAUGUGCUCAAUGAAACCCUCAGCUCAAAACAUGCACAUGAGUUCACGUGUCACACGAUAUCUGACCUGCACCAGAGAGCCGUGGACAAGGCUCUGCAGAGUACAAAUGGACAUCUGGAUCUUUUCCUGCGGUUUCUUCUGGGUCUCUCGCUGGAGUCCAAUCAGAAGCUCCUGAAAGGCCUUCUGACGCAUGUUAGAAACAUCUCGUACAAUAAAGAGAAAACGAUUGAUUACAUUAAGACGAGAAUAAGAAUGAAUCCCUCACCUGAGAAAUCCAUCAAUCUGUUCCACUGUUUAAAUGAACUGGGUGAUCUUUCUCUCGUAAAUGAAAUCCAGGAGUGUCUCGGAUCUGGAGGUCUUUCAAGCACCAGAUUGUCCUCGUCACAGUGGUCAGCUGUUGUCUUUGCUUUAUUAACCUCAGAGUGUUUGGAUGAGUUUGAGUUACAGAAAUACAUAAACAUCCAUCAAGGCCAAAACCACACAUCACCAGAUGAAGUACUUCAGAAGCUCUUGCCUGUAGUUGAAGCCUCCAGAUCAGCAAAGUUGAGAUAUUGUAAGAUCACAGAUAAAGGUUGUGCUGAUCUGACUUCAGCUCUGAGAUCAAACUCACACCUCAGAGAACUGGAUCUGUCUGAGAAUAUAAUAGGAGAUAAAGGAGUGGCGAUGCUCUCUGAUGGACUGAAGGAUCCUCACUGUAAACUGGAGAUACUGGGGUUGUGGAGGUGUAAUAUCACAGCUGAAGGUUGUGCUGCUCUGACUUCAGCUCUGAGAUCAAACUCACACCUCAGAGAACUGAAUCUGUCUGAGAAUAUAAUAGGAGAUAAAGGAGUGGCGAUGCUCUCUGAUGGACUGAAGGAUCCUCACUGUAAACUGGAGAGACUGACGUUGAUUAAAUGUGGGAUCACAGAUGAAGGUUGUGCUGCUCUGACUUCAGCUCUGAGAUCAAACUCACACCUCAGAGAACUGGAUCUGACUGUGAAUAUAAUAGGAGAUAAAGGAGUGGCGAUGCUCUCUGAUGGACUGAAGGAUCCUCACUGUAAACUGGAGAUACUGGGGUUGUAUGAUUGUAAGAUCACAGCUGAAGGUUGUGCUGCUCUGACUUCAGCUCUGAGAUCAAACUCACACCUCAGAGAACUGGAUCUGACUGGGAAUAUAAUAGGAGGUAAAGGAGUGGCGCUGCUCUCUGAUGGACUGAAGGAUCCUCACUGUAAACUGGAGAAACUGAGGUUGAGAUAUUGUAAGAUCACAGCUGAAGGUUGUGCUGCUCUGACUUCAGCUCUGAGAUCAAACUCACACCUCAGAGAACUGGAUCUGUCUGAGAAUAUAAUAGGAGGUAAAGGAGUGGCGCUGCUCUCUGAUGGACUGAAGGAUCCUCACUGUAAACUGGAGAAACUGGGGUUGAGAUAUUGUGAGAUCACAGAUGAAGGUUGUGCUGCUCUGACUUCAGCUCUGAGAUCAAACUCACACCUCAGAGAACUGGAUCUGAGAGGGAAUAUAAUAGGAGAUGCAAGUGUGAAGAGUCUCUCUGCUCUAAAAGAUAAUCCACAUUAUAAACUGGAGACACUGCUGCUUGACAGAAAUAGACGAUGGUGAAUAUGGAGCCACUAUAGAGACAUCAUCAUCAUCAUCAUCACUAAAGUCACGUGACCCUCACUGGGUUUUCUGUAUAUAAAUGUACAUGAUUCUUUUGUAUAUGAUAUAAUAAAGUCUUCCUCUCAUUUAUGUAUUAGUGAAUUGGUGUUAUUUUCAUCAGCCGUCUCUGUGAAGUGAGCAGCUCAACACACACUACAUUAACAGUAAUGAUCUUCAGAGCUGAGUUUCAUCUGUGUUUCGGGGAACUGGAUGUUUAAUAGUUUAAUGAUGAUGAUGCUUUAAAUGUGUUUAUCAAAAGUCUUCCUGACAUUUUAUUGAAGCUCAUCUGAAGAGGAUAUUUGCCAUUCUCACAUUAUUAUUGUUCUGUCUUUGUGUUGGUGUGUGUGAAAGGUUAAUUAUGAUUAAGGUGCAGAUUUGUGUCAUCACAUGAUCAUUACGAGUUAGCCUUUAAACUAAAUCAGUUAUUCCUUUCAGCACAAACACAACAUUUUUAUAUGUAAAUUAGGCUUAUUAUAGCAUAUCUUAUACACUAAAGUGCGAUAUUUGCUCUUGAAACAGAAUCGUAGAUGCUGAAUUUACAAUUGAAUUGAUUAAACAAAUGGCGGGAAAGAGCGUUAAUCGCUCUUAUUAUCCCACACAAACUCAGCAAACAGUCAAACUAAUAGUUGAUAUUAUAGCCGCAAGUUUUAUUGUUCCUCUCUUAACAUAAUUCUAUUGCACGGUGAAAAGUAGGAAGAAGUCAAACUUAUGCACCCCUUUAAUUCUGACGUUCCUUUAAUUAACAAUUUUUAUAUUAUUAUUAUUAUUAUUAUGUUGUUAUAUACAUCCAUACAUAUAUACAUAUCAAAGUGACCACUGACAAGUAUUUAUUUAUCUAACCUCAGUUAUGUACUU